AUGAAUAAGCUUAUUCCAAUUUUCUUGCAGCCAUCGCAACAUGAUCGUCCAAUUUUACCAGGACGUAGACCAAAGCAGCCCGCAGCAAGUGCUGCUGGACGGCUUCGAGGAGUGAGCUCUGCGCCGAUUAUAGUAGCUGGACGACGGCUGUCGACUUCGCGCAGUUUAGUGAGCAGUCCAUUGUAUUCAAUACCGGAAGAACUUACAAACAAUGAUCAUCAUGGUGCUGCUGCUGUGGUCGGUUCAAUUGAUAGGUUAUCGAUGGCUCCGCUCGUAGAUGAGCAACAGGAAGGUGAUGUGAUGUAG